CAAUAAAUUUUAUGAAUUUGUUCAAUUUGAAGGUUGUAUUCUAAUUGUUUGCAUGAUAUAACGCAGGAAUGAAUAAAAUAAAAUGGGAAUCUUUACUUAUUAUUUGUUGGUGUGAUGAAAACCCAAUUUCGACAAAUAGCAGAAUCAAAUUUUCACAAAAUUUCAAAAAAUUUUCUCGUCAUACUGAUAUGCAGAGAUAAAUCAAAUCCCAUUAGAAGUCAAUUGUUUAAAGAUAGAUUUUUAUAACUAAUAAUAAGCUUGAAUAGAAUUGCUUGCUGUAACAGUUAAAACCAUCUCCUUAGAGUUUCAUGCUCUAUCGCGGUGAGAAUCCUGUAUUUACCCAACAGUUUUAAAGUAACAAACAAUAAAUGGAGCGAGAUGCUACAAACCCAUAUGAUUUUUGCAAUACAACAAACAAAUAAAAUUGCAGAGAAUUUUUUUAAACAAAUAAGAUGGGAGUCUAUUCGACAGAACUCGUGUGACCAUUGCAUUGUGCAUUUCCUUCUUUCAUGUCAUUGGGCCUGAUAAACCGUGAUUUAUCUGAGCGAAGCGAGAAAUAUUAUCCCCCGGAUUUUGAUCCGUCGAAGAUACCUCGCAUGGAACUUGCCAAAAAUCGUCAAUAUACAGUACGUCUAAUGGCUCCCUUCAACAUGAGAUGUAAAACGUGCGGUGAAUACAUUUACAAAGGAAAAAAAUUCAAUGCCCGCAAGGAGGACGUCGACGGUGACGAUUACCUCGGCAUUAGGAUAUACAGAUUCUACAUAAAAUGCACGAGAUGUCUGCAGGAGAUAUCCUUCAAGACAGAUCCAAAAAACACUGAUUAUGAGAUCGAGGCAGGAGCUACGAGGAACUUCAUGGCAUUGAAAUUAGCGGAGGAGCAAGCGCAGAGGGAGGAGGACGAGGAAAAGGAAGAGGAGGCAAUCAAUCCCAUGAAAUUAUUGGAAAAGAGAAUACACCAAUGUAAACAGGCAUUAGAAUUACUCGAGUCUUUGGAGGAAUUGAAGGACCUCAACUGGCGACAGCAGAGAAUCAAUUACGACGAGAUGUUGGAGCAGUACAACACCUCCAUCGCUAGACAGAGAACGAUCAAAGAGCAAGAGAAAUUGGACGAGGAAUUGGUUCAAUCCAUCUUCAGCAAAAAGAGAUUAAUCGGCCAUGUUUUAGAAGAGGAAAUCAUUGAGCUGGACGACCCUGAUGAUCCUUCCAUUCGACCGAAGAGGCUGCACAGUUCCGAUGAAUUAACUACAACCGUCAAUUCCGGUGAAACAUCAGACGGUAAAGCCAGUUCAAUGAUACAGGGUGACAUGACGAAGCCUAGUACCUUAACAUCAUCUUCGGUAGGAGAAGGUACCUCGUUGAGUUGGUCCGCAGUUUCUACUGCACCUCAAAAUAGAAGCGAACAGUUAAUCAAGAAAAAAACAUGUCUAGGAAUUGUUGCUGGUCGACAUGAUAAUAAGGAUUUGAAGCCUCUUACAUCACCAAAUAGACAGAAUGAUAAUUCAAGCAACUCGCAUAGUGUUGACGGCAUUAGCACGAAUGGCUUGGCGUUAUUAGGGGCAUAUUCUGAAGGCAGUGAUGACUGUAGCAGCGAAAUAAGUUAAUCUAUUGGAUUCAGAAAAUUGUGCAUAUUUUUCUAUGGAAUGUAGAGAUAGCUGGUAAAUAAUAAUGAUAAUAAAUAAAAUAAAUAACAAUCGA